AUGGGCCGAUGUGGUGUUAAUUCAUUAAUUAUUGCACUAGAGAAGGAAAUUUUGGGGCAGGAACCAGAGACUCCUAGUGGAGCAGCUUUAGAAGCAAUAGUUAUUCGACUUAAGAUGCUUGCCUGCAAAUCCGAAAUGAAAUCAAGUUCGCUGGCCCAAGUUCGAUUUCUUGCUAUUUCAGCUACUAUUCCAAAUAUAGGCGAUUUUGGUUUGGGGGAAGAAAUGAGACCUGUGAAGUUGACUACGAAGGUUCUGGGAUGUACUCCAGCUAAAAAUGAUUUCUUGUUAGAGAAGGUAAAGUUAUUUGUAAAUCUGCCUUGUGUACAUUAUCAUGACGCUCAAAGGGACUGGAGCCAAAUGAACAUACUCUUAACUCUGGCCCUUCCAUGCUGUGGAGGAACGGGGCAGUGUGACAAUGGUGCACUCCAAGCUCAUCUCAUCAAGAAGGGUAUGGUUUCAGGAGUUUUUGAGGAGAUGGGAAGAACAGCAUCAGCUGAAUCAUGGAAGGCUCUUAUAUCUGGCUUUGUUCACGAUGACAGAUUUAAAGCAGCAUCAUCGGCUUUUCAGGAGAUGGUGGUCGAUCAGCAAGUACACUGUCGGGUUUUAAAAGCCAACUAUAGUAUCAACUUGGAUGUUGCAAGCUCUUCACUUGAAGCUUAUACCAAAUGUGGCGACCUAGGCAAAGCUGAGAAGGUUUUCCAGCUCCUUGAAGCUUGCAUCCACUGGGGAUUAGGUAACGAAGAUAAAAGAUUCUUCAAAUCCAUGUCAAUUGUCAAGGAACUACAAAAUAUUGCCACAGGAGACACAUUACGGCUGCAUGGCAAGUAUCACCACCACAACCUUCAAUUAGGAGAACUUGAAGCGAAUCGCAUACUAGAAUUAGAACCAAAUGAUGCAUCUGUUUACGUGACACUGUCUAACAUGUACUGUCAAGUGGGAAGAGUGGCUGAUGCAAUUAAGCGAAGGGAAUUGAUGGCAUUGAGGGAGGUCAAAAAUGAACCCGGUUAUAGCUGGUUGGAAUCACCCAGCCACUGUCGUCUCCGGCGAUAUCCCAAAUGUAAGCUAACUCCUCCUCAGCUGGAGUUGGGAUACUGUCUUUUGUUUUCUUGGGGAAAACUGCUUUUGUCCAAGUUGCUGAGUUUUUCCGACGACUGGCCUCUCAAUGCCAACAAUUAUUGCUCGGAAAAGCCUCCAUUUUUGAAGGCUUACCGGAAACGCCCACCGACCAUGCUGUUAAUGUGCUCGCCAGAAAGAGCUUAUACGGCGGAUGAGAAUGAUUUAAUCUACAGACACUUUGGCUCCACCCUCGGCGACCUGACGAGAAGCUCAUCGAAAAAUUCAGUCCUCUUGAGUAAAUUUAUAAUUCGAACAAACCCUCACUGCGUCGGACUGACUACUGAAGUCCCGGUUGAUGGUCUCAUUUGUGUCUUUGAUGAAGCAGAUGGUCACAUAACUCUCCACAACAUUUGUACUGGGCAAAAUAUGAGGCUUUCUGACCCUGCUGGAUAUCCGGGUGAUCCAAUUUCGAGUUAUCAUCUUGGGUAUGACCCAGCAAGCUGCAGCUACAAGUUACUGAGAUUGAUUCAUCCCUCUCACUCUUACUGGGGGUUUUCAUCCAAUUGA